AUGACAUUAACUGGAGGCCACACGCUACGCAUUCUACGCUCGACGUCAACGUUCUACGCUCAAUGACAUUAAGGAAAACCCAGGUCUGAGCGCUAAAGUUACCUACUGCCCCCCUCCCUCCAUCUCCAUCUCCAUCUCGUUCUCCUAUCUCUCUCACACGCACACAAUAAGAAGUGUAUUAUAUACUUGCAAGAAACUACUCUGGCCGCGAUAUUGUCACCGACUUUUGUUGUAGUGGUCGUGGUUGCGUAAGUCCUGCAACUCUGCAACUUAAUUAUUCUGGAGAAUGAACAGGGCAGAUCGCCACAAUGAAACUAGAGAUCCGAAUGAAUCUAGCUCAUCUCAUCAGGAGAAUCGAAGUUAUCCAUCUGCGUCUGAGAAUUAUAAAGGUAUUGGGCCGAGGCCAUAUUCAUAUCGUGAACUAGCAAAUGCAACUGAUCAUUUCUCCAACAACGUUCUACUUGGCGAGGGUGGUUUUGGUCAAGUUUAUAUGGGAUUCCUAGAUGGUAAAUACUGUGCUAUUAAGAAACUUAAAAAUCUUCGGGAUGUACUGUCGGAAGAAAAUUUGGAGAAUGAGAUCUUGGUCGUAAGCAGAGUCAGUCAUAAAAAUCUUGUUCAGCUGAUUGGUUACUGCAUUGAUGGAGCCAAUAGAUUGAUUGUUUUAGAGUAUUGUCCCAAUGAGUCCUUGAGAUCUAAAUUACAUGAAGAAGGGGAGAUUUUGGACUGGCAGAAAAGAAUGAAGAUCGCCAUAGGCUCUGCGAGAGGAUUGGAAUAUCUACAUGAAUAUUGUAAACCUAGAAUCAUACACUUAGAUAUCAAGCCAGAUAAUAUUCUUCUCGAUAACGAAUUUGAACCAAAGAUUGCGGAUUUUGGACUUGCCCUAUUCUUUUCAGAUGCUGCUACUCACGUCUCCAAGUCAACAAAUAAGGGAACCCAAGUUUAUGCAGAUCCAAUGACAACGAGAACUGGAAAGUAUUCUGAUAAGUCAGAUAUUUAUUCUUUUGGUGUUGUACUUUUAGAGCUGAUCACGGGAAAAGAGCCUAUGGAUAAAGACAACGACAUUGUUAAUUGGGCAAAUUCUCGAAUUAAAAAAGCUCUAAAGGGAGAAUAUGAGGGUUUUGUAGAUUCCAGAUUGCAAACAUUUGACCACGAAGAAAUGUAUCAAGAAAUGUAUCGAAUGAUUUUCUGUGCCAAAGCUUGUGUAAAUAGACUUCCAAAGUCUCGUCCAUCUAUGAGAAGGAUACUUCUUGCUCUCGAAGGAAAUUUGCCUCUAGAGAAUUUAUGCGAUGAGAAGGACAACAAACUGCGAUCGAGUACUAUAUAUAAAGCAAACCCGGAAGAAAUCUCGCCGGCAGCCACGGCUGGCUCUAACUUGUUCCGGUUGUUUAAUUGGAUGAGAAAAGCUAAUCGCCAACCCAGAGGAGUAAAAAAAGAGGAAAGAGCUAUUCCGAGGCAAGCAACUGGUGACGGCACAGAGGAAGAAACUAAAAAUGUCAUUAUGCCAAGGCAACUUCCCAAUCAACAAUGGACAACCGCAACUAAUUAUGAUUUCUCCAACAACAACAUUGGGAGCUCUCUAGUUCACAUUCCGCAAAUGGUUUAUGCUGAUGUUGCGCUUGUGAGCGGUGCUGGUAUCAGUCAUAAUAGAAAAUUCUGCUAUGGAUAUGCAACCUCUCCAGGGAAAGGCUCUUCCAUGGAAGAUUUUUAUGAGACAAGAAUUGACAGUGUUGACGGAGAGAUAGUUGGCCUAUUUGGAGUUUUUGAUGGUCAUGGAGGCGCACGUGCCGCUGAAUAUGUGAAACAAAACCUUUUCAGUAAUCUGAUCAGGCAUCCAAAGUUCAUUUCUGAUACAAAAUCAGCUAUAGCUGAUGCAUACAAUCAUACAGACUCAGAAUUUCUGAAAUCAGAAAAUAAUCAGAACAGCGAAUCUGGAUCAACUGCUUCCACAGCCAUUCUUAUUGGUGACCGUUUGCUUGUUGCUAAUGUUGGAGAUUCUAGAGCUGUCACAUGCCGAGGCGGCAAUGCUAUUGCUGCUUCUCGAGAUCACAAGCCGGACCGAAGUGAUGAACGGCAACGAAUUGAGGAUGCUGGAGGGUUUGUGACGUGGGCAGGGACCUGGAAAGUUGGUGGAGUUCUUGCUGUCUCUCGUGCAUUCGGUGAUAGGCUCUUGAAGCAGUAUGUUGUUGCUGAUCCAGAAAUUCAGGAUGAAAAGAUUGACAGCUCACUUGAGUUUCUCAUCCUUGCAAGUUAUGGAUUAUGGGAUGUUGUCACCAAUGAGGAAGCUGUUGUAAUGACCAAGCCAAUCGAGGACCCAGAGCUGGCAGCAAAGAGUUUGUUGCAGGAGGCAUACCAGAGAGGCAGUGCAUACAAUAUUACCUGUAUUGUUGUCCGCUUCCUGGCCAAUCAAGGUACUCCUACUACUCAUGAUUCGCGGAUGAUCUAAGAGGGAAGGGGCACCCCUAACCCAAAAAAGUUUCUAUUUUUGUGUGAAUUAAUGUUGCUAUGCCUAUAAAUGGAUUGAUGUUGGGAAUAAUUGAAUUUUGGACCCAUUCAUACAUAUGUGUAAAAUUUUUAUUGGCUUGUCAUUUUAUAUAAAAUACCUUACUUAAAA